UACAGCGAUGGUUUUCCUAUGAAGCCGUCGGACGCAGAGGUUUGUGCAGCUCUUAUAACCGUAUCUUGUGUUUCACAGAUCACCAAAGGACUGAAGCUGACCUUUGACACGACCUUCUCACCCAACACUGGCAAGAAGAGUGGCAAGGUGAAGUCGGCCUAUAAGCGUGAGUACCUGAACGUGGGCUGCGAUGUGGACUUUGACUUCGCUGGUCCUGCGGUGCACGGGGCGGCUGUGCUGGGGUUCGAGGGCUGGCUCGCCGGCUACCAGAUGACCUUUGACACCGCCAAGUCCAAAAUGACUCGCAGCAACUUUGCAAUCGGAUACAAGACGGGAGAUUUCCAGCUGCAUACUAAUGUGAAUGACGGGACAGAGUUUGGCGGCUCUAUUUAUCAGAAAGUGAACGAUGACCUGGAGACGGCAGUGAAUCUGUCCUGGACCGCGGGGAACAGCAGCACACGCUUCGGCAUCGCAGCCAAAUACAUGCUGGACUCCAGCUCCUCCAUCAGUGCGAAAGUCAAUAAUUCCAGCAUGGUUGGGAUCGGCUACACUCAGACCCUCAGACCAGGAGUGAAGCUGACGCUCUCCGCUCUGGUUGAUGGGAAGAGCAUUAACGCUGGAGGUCAUAAACUGGGUCUGGGACUGGAACUGGAGGCGUAGUGUGUGUGUGUGUGUGUGUAUCUCCGAAGAGUCUCACAUCUCCUCACACAGACGACUGUCACACAAACAUAACCGUCGUCUCUUAUUUAUUUGCACGGUCGAUAUUUCUCUCCAAACCAGCGCUUUCAAUCUGUGUGUGCUUACCUGUACGGGUGAUGUUUUUUGUUUUUUUUAGGAGGAAUACUUCACCAAAAAAUGAAAUUGUUAUUAUUUGCUCUUCCUCAUGUUGUUGCAAACCUUUAAUGCUGCUUUAUGAUGACUUUUGACUAAUCUUUAUGCAGAUCUUUUCUAUACAACUAACUAAGUGACCAACACUAUCAAGCUAAAAAAAAACAUUAAAAACACUAUUUAAAAUAAUAAAGUCUUCUAAAACCUUAUGAUAUCUUUGUAUGAGCAACAUAAUUAUAUUCUGAAAAUGAAUGACUUUUUGGAGCUUGACAGUUUUGAGCAGUUCCUAAC